GGUUAGAGACAGCUAAAGAAGGUAUUUUUAUUAGUAUAAAUACGAAGGAAAGUCCAUUGGUUUCAAAAUGUUUUUAUUUAUUUAUAUAUAUUAAAUUUGGUUUCAUCAGAACCAUCUUUCAUAAACUCCGAAAAGGAACUUCCUUUUCAGUACAUGAAGAAGUUGAGAAAAGUAGAAAUCUAAUUUCGUGUUAUCACAAAACAUCUAAACAGAUUAUGGAGAGAGAGACUGAGAGUCAGCCAUUCUCCAUGUCUGACUCAGACCAUAUUCUCUUACUUUUAUCAUCAAUUUUAGCUCUUCUUAUUAUCUUCAUUCUAAUCAAUAGAAAGAAAACCAGAUUUAAUCUUCCACCGGGCAACAUGGGGUGGCCUUUUAUUGGAGAAACCAUUGGUUAUUUGAAGCCUUACUCUGCUAUAUCAGUAGGCGAAUUCAUGGAACAUCACAUAGCAAGGUAUGGAAAAAUCUACAAGUCAAGUUUGUUUGGCGAGCCGACGAUAGUCUCUGCAGAUGCCGGGCUGAAUAGAUUCAUAUUUCAAAACGAAGGGAAAUUGUUUGAAUGCAGCUAUCCAAGAAGCAUAGGUGGAAUUCUCGGAAAAUGGUCUAUGUUGGUUCUCGUUGGAGACAUGCAUAGAGACAUGAGAAUUAUAUCUCUCAACUUCUUGAGCCACGCCAGGUUAAGGACUCAUCUAUUGAGAGAAGUGGAGAACCAUACCUUUCUUGUUUUGAAUGCAUGGAAGGAUAAUUCUGUACUUUCUGCUCAAGAUGAAGCCAAGAAGUUCACUUUCAAUUUGAUGGCGAAACAUAUUAUGAGCAUGGACCCUGGCAAACCUGAGACUGAGCGGUUAAAAAGAGAAUAUGUUACUUUCAUGAAAGGAGUUGUAUCGGCACCUUUAAAUUUGCCUGGAUGUGCAUACAGAAAGGCCUUACAGUCUCGAUCAACCAUCCUGAAAUUUAUUGAGGAAAAAAUGAAAGAGAGAAUCCAAAAAAUGGAGGAUGGACAAGACGACAUGGAGCAAGAUGAUCUUCUAGGGUGGGUUUUGAAGCAUUCGAAUCUUUCAACAGAGCAAAUUCUUGACUUGGUACUAAGUUUGCUCUUUGCCGGCCAUGAAACUUCAUCAGUUGCAAUAACUUUAUCUAUCUACUUCUUGCAAGGUUCCCCUGCAGCUGUUAAACAGUUACAGGAAGAACACCUUCAGAUUGCCAGAGCCAAGAAGCAAUCAGGAGAGAAGGAGUUGAACUGGGAAGACUACAAGAAAAUGGAAUUCACCCAAUGUGUUGUGAGUGAGACACUUAGACUUGGAAAUGUUGUAAGAUUUCUCCACAGAAAGGCUCUGAAAGACGUACGGUACAAAGGUUAUGACAUUCCGAGUGGGUGGAAAGUACUUCCAGUAUUAGCAGCAGUGCACUUGGAUUCUUCUCAUUUUGACCACCCCCAACACUUCAAUCCAUGGAGAUGGCAGCAGCAGCAAAACAGUGGAAGUAGCGGGGCAACAAACAAUUAUUUCAUGCCAUUUGGUGGAGGACCUCGGCUCUGCGCUGGAUCAGAACUAGCAAAACUGGAAAUGGCUGUUUUUAUCCACCAUUUGGUUCUGAAUUACCAUUGGGAAUUAGCUGAACCGGAUCAAGCAUUUGCUUUCCCUUUUGUGGACUUUCCAAAAGGCUUACCCAUCAGAGUUAAGCACCAGCCUUUGUUAUAAUUAAUUCAUGCUCAUGCUCAUGCUCAUGCAUGCAUGAAUUAAUUUCAAAAAAGAGACCUCUCUCUCUC